GGGAGGGGGGGGAGUGCGAGGUUCGGGUCCAAGGCGAAGCGAGGCGAGGUGAGGUGAGCCUGGUGAGGGAGGGAAACGAGCGAGCGAGCGAAGGAAGGCUUUUCAAGGCCAAGGCCGCGGGCCCCCCAGUCAGUGGCCGACGAGGGGAGGCGAGGGCGCACGCGGCGAAUGAUGAAACGGCUGGGACUCUGGGAGGAGGGGCGAGAGAAAACUCAGCGAAGCAGCGCGCGAGAACCCCAGCCCGUGCGGAUGAUGGGUCCGCCAGCAGCGUGUGUCGAUUGGCAGCGUGCUGGUCGAUCGCCCAAUGGGAUGAAUCUGCGCGCCGUGCUCGGGAGAAGGCAAAGUCGUGAUCGGCUUGUCUCGUGCCCAACGCGUGAUUGUGAGGCUGGUGCUUCUUGCUGGCUGGCAGCACAAAAGCAGGAUGAGGUCGAGAGUCGACGACUCGACAGAUGCGCGGUGGCGGUCACUGGUGGACCGGGUUAUGGGAGUGAGGUUGAUGACGGGCUGCUGCUGCUGCUGCUGCUGCUGCUCCCUGACAGGUGGAAGAGCGGUGAGAGGCCCGAUUGAGGCAAGCGUGAGCGUGAUGAGCGAGCUCUUCCUCUCCAAGUCCGGCUCGUCGUCAGGGCAGACGGAGCGCGACCACCUGAGGUGGACAGCACAAGCGGAGGCGGAGGCGGGUGGGCAGGCAGGCAGAGGCAGGCAGGCCGUGGACACAAAAGUAUAAGUUCGGGAGGGUCGCACGGCGUGAUCGAGGUCCGAUGGCCGGCGGCGUGGGUUCACCCAGUUUUGUUGCGGGUCAAGAGUGCUGGCGAAUGUGUGAGCAAUCAAUGAAAUAAAUAGGGACAAAUCAAAAUAACAAAAGCGUGCGGCGCUGCCAAAUGCAGGAUUUCAGGCUGAGCCGGAGUGCUGGUUGGCUGCAGUGUCGACGGAUUCAAGCA